AUGCCCAUGCACAACUCGUGCUUCCUCAUCCCUAUCGACAUGGCAUCCGCGGAGGCACAGCCCAAAGACACCCCUGCAUCCCUACCCGACAUGGCAGCCGAAGUCCGACGGGCGAUCGUCGAAGCCCGUCGCCCAGAUAUGCUCCCGCAGCUGUUGGGGUACUAUUCGAAACCCACCACUCGGCCGAUGAUGCCACAGUGGUACGGGCGGCGAGCGCCGCAGAGCGUUGUGACCUCAUGGACACAUCUUCCGUUCUUCGAGCUGGAUAUCAAGGGGACGAAACCGAGCUUUUCCAACGGGGAGCUGGAUAUGUGGGACUUUAUCAAGAAAUUUGGAGUGGCGAUAGAUGACUGCUCCAUCAUGUGGAAGGCGGAUCCUGGUGAGAGGUGUAUCCGCGGGAGGCUGCAUCGCGAUGCGUGGCGGAGGAUGGAGGAGAUGCUGGAUCAGAUGGUGGUGUAG